AUGAAGUUCAUGAAGUACGCCGUUAUCUUUUACGCGUCCGUCGGCAUAGAACCGUAUACGAAAUCUUCUAAUUUGCAGAAGAGAAGCCUUUCGGUUAACCUUCUUUUCUGGGCCAAUGUGAUCAACCUUGGUGGGAUUACUUUGGGAGAGCUCAUGUACUUGGGCAAGUCCCUUUCCGACGGCAAGUUGCUCGAAGCUGUUACCGUGAUGUCCUACAUAGGAUUUGUAUUUGUCGGAAUGAGUAAGAUGUGCUUCAUCUGGUCAAAAAAGCGUGAGCUCAGCAGUAUGGUCGAGGAACUGGAACUGAUUUACCCCAAGAACAUCCAGGAGGAGAAGUAUCGUCUGCAAAGUUACUUGCGUUCCUGCUCAAGAAUCAGCUUCACUUAUUUGCUUCUUUACUUGAUUCUGAUUUGGACAUUCAAUCUUUUCAACAUGAUGCAGUACCUAGUUUAUGAAAAGUUGCUGAAAUCUCGUACCGUUGGAAAAAUUUUGCCGUAUCCCCAGUACUAUCCGUGGAUGUGGGAAGGCGACUUUUCCUUCUAUAUACAGUUCCUCAGUCAAAACUUUGCAGGACACACCUCUGCCUCGGGUCAAAUUUCCACGGACCUUUUGCUUUGCGCCGUGGCCACCCAGAUAGUGAUGCAUUAUGAUUAUCUAGGAAGGGGUUUGGAGAAUCACAAAUUGACUGGCGAUUGGAAGAAGGAUUCGAGAUUUUUGGUUAAAAUUAUUCGCUAUCAUCAGCGUAUUCUACGGUUGACUGAAGUGAUUAAUAAAAUCUUCGGACUACCCCUGUUAUUGAACUUUAUGGUCUCAACCUUUGUCAUUUGCUUUGUUGGCUUUCAAAUGACCGUCGGGGUGCCGCCGGAUCUUCUGGUGAAGCUAUUUCUUUUCCUUUUUUCUUCUAUGUGUCAGGUGUACUUGAUCUGCCACCAUGGCCAGUUGAUUGCUGAUGCGAGUUCUGGGUUAGCGAUUGCCGCCUACAAACAAGACUGGAGCUAUGCCGAUGUCCGCUAUCGUAGAGCUCUUGUAUUCAUUAUAGCCCGAUCCCAAAAGAUAACCUAUUUAAAAGCCACUGUUUUUAUGAACAUAACCAGGGCCACAAUGACAGAUAUCCUUCAGACUUCUUACAAGUUCUUUGCUUUACUUCGAACCAUGUAUAUAAAAUAA